GGGUGUACCCCGCCUUUCGCCCGUAGUCAGCUGGGAUAGGCUCCAGCUUGCCUGCGACCCUGUAGGACAGGAUAAGUGGCUACAGAUGAUGGAUGAAUGUUAGACUAUAGUAAAUCCUGUAUCUCUUAUGUACGAUGUGCAACUUUUACAAUCGAGUUGUAAUCAAAUCGCGCCAUCUGGUGGUCAUUAGGCAGUUUUACAGUUUUCUGAGCUAUAUGACAAGCAGAACAGAUUGAUUCUGGGUUUAUUACUUUGCUGUUCAGCAUUAGUGUGAAGACAUUAUGUUCAUAUAUCCACACCAGCAAUGUGGUUGGGUGGCAGGGAAAAUAAAAAUUUUCAAAACGAAAUGGCCUUCUAAAAAGGGGGGUAUGAUAAACAUUACAUUGGUCUGUAAACGGGGCGGCACGGUGGUGUAGUGGUUAGCACUGUCGCCUCACAGCAAGAAGGACUUGGGUUCAAGCCUAAUGUGGAGUUUGCGUGUUCUCCCUGUGGAUUUCCUCCGCUUUCCCCCACAGUCAAAAGACAUGCAGGUUAGACUAACUAGUGGCUCUAAAUUGACCAUAGGUGUGAGUGUGAAUGAUUGUUUGUCUCCAUGUGUCAGCCCUGUGUCAGCCCGCCUCACAGCAAGAAGGUCUUGGGUUCGAGCCCAAUGUGGAGUUUGCACGUUCUCCCCAUGGAUUUCCUCCGGUUUCCCCUACCUUCUUGCUGUGAAAGUUGCAAAGACAUGCAGGUUAGACUAACUAGUGGCUCUAAUUGACCAUAGGUGUGAGUGUGAAUGGUGUUUGUCUCUAUGUGUCAGCCCGCCUCACAGCAAGAAGGUCUUGGGUUCGAGCCCAAUGUGGAGUUUGCGUGUUCUCCCUGUGGAUUUCCUCCGGUUUCCCCCACAGUCCAAAGACAUGCAGGUUAGACUAACUAGUGGCUCUAAAUUGACCAUAGUGUGAGUGUGAAUGGUGUUUGUCUCUAUGUGUCAGCCCGCCUCACAGCAAGAAGGUCUUGGGUUCGAGCCCAAUGUGGAGUUUGCACGUUCUCCCCAUGGAUUUCCUCCGGUUUCCCCUACCUUCUUGCUGUGAAAGUUGCAAAGACAUGCAGGUUAGACUAACUAGUGGCUCUAAUUGACCAUAGGUGUGUGUGAAUGGUGUUUGUCUCUAUGUGUCAGCCCGCCUCACAGCAAGAAGGUCUUGGGUUCGAGCCCAAUGUGGAGUUUGCAUGUUCUCCCUGUGGAUUUCCUCCGGUUUCCCCCACAGUCCAAAGACAUGCAGGUUAGACUAACUAGUGGAUCUAAAUUGACCAUAGUGUGAGUGUGAAUGGUGUUUGUCUCUAUGUGUCAGCCCGCCUCAUAGCAAGAAGGUCUUGGGUUCGAGCCCAAUGUGGAGUUUGCAUGUUCUCCCUGUGGAUUUCCUCCGCUUUCCCUCACAGUCCAAAGACAUGCAGGUUAGACUAACUAGUGGCUCUAAUUGACCAUAGGUGUGAGUGUGAAUGGUGUUUGUCUCUAUGUGUCAGCCCGCCUCACAGCAAGAAGGUCUUGGGUUCGAGCCCAAUGUGGAGUUUGCAUGUUCUCCCCGUGGAUUUCCUCCGCUUUCCCCCACAGUCCAAAGACAUGCAGGUUAGACUAACUAGUGGCUCUAAUUGACCAUAGAUGUGAGUGUGAAUGGUGUUUGUCUCUAUGUGUCAGCCCGCCUCACAGCAAGAAGGUCUUGGGUUCGAGCCCAAUGUGGAGUUUGCAUGUUCUCCCUGUGGAUUUCCUCCGCUUUCCCUCACAGUCCAAAGACAUGCAGGUUAGACUAACUAGUGGCUCUAAAUUGACCAUGUGUGAGUGUGAAUGGUGUUUGACUCUGUGUCAGCCCUCCUCACAGCAAGAAGGUCUUGGGUUCGAGCCCAAUGUGGAGUUUGCAUGUUCUCCCCGUGGACUUCCUCCGGUUUCCCCUACAGUCCAAAGACAUGCAGGUUAGACUAACUAGUGGCUCUAAAUUGACCAUGUGUGAGUGUGAAUGGUGUUUGACUCUGUGUCAGCCCUCCUCACAGCAAGAAGGUUCUGGGUUCGAGCCCAGCAACCGACGAGGGCCUUUCUGUAUGGAGUUUGCAUGUUCUCCCCGUGUCUGAAUGGUUGUUUGUCUCUGUGUCAGCCCUGUGAUGACCUGGCGAAUUGUCCAGGGUGUCUCACCCAUAGUCAGCUGGGAUAAGAUCCAGCUUGCCUGCGACCCUAAUAACGGAUGGAUGGAUGGCAUUGAGAUAUGCACAUGGAAGGGGGGGGGGGAGAUCUUCACGCCCUGCUCUAUUCUAUUACUCAGUUGUUUUUGGCAGCUGCUGCAUCCUGUUGCUGUUAAUUUUCUCCCUGAGUAUCUGUGCACUUCGAUGUUUUCUGUACUCAAAGAUUAAAGAUUGCUGUCACCGCUCCAACAAAGAGUCGUGUCUUCGUGGAAGGACGAACGGGCGGGUUCUCAUGGGCUUUAACCAUGUAACACGAUGGUCAUGAAUGCGUGGCAGAGAGAGAGAGAAAGAGAGAGAAAGAUCUCAGGACAGGUUUUUAGGUGGAAAGCGAACAUGGGUUUUUAAUGCGCGGUGAUUAUGGACAGGAAUAAGCGGGAGGGAAAACAAGCCCAGUGGAGAGCUACGCAUGUGAAAUGUGCAUGUGAGAUCCCUGAGAUAAACCGUCGGGAGAUUAUGCAGUCGCAGAAGGCGGACAUGAGAAACGCAGCCGACUAAAGCGAAGGAGGAACUGAGAGCAGACUAACAGCGCGCGCCUCUUCACACGUCUGUCUGCUGCAGACUCGACAUCUCUGGCUGACAGGCGCCUCAUCGCGCGUGCAAGGAACGGAACGCACGAGCAAGGAACGGAACGCACGAGCAUGUCGAACCGCAAGCAUCGGGACAACCAGGAGAUUUGCGCGCGCAAGGUCCGGGAGCUGGCGCAAACAGGGCCCAACAAACACUGCUUCGAGUGCGGCCAGCCUGGCGUAACGUACACCGACAUCACAGUGGGCUGCUUCGUUUGCACAUCAUGUUCCGGAAUGCUGAGGGGCCUCAACCCGCCCCAUAGGGUCAAGUCGAUCUCCAUGACAACAUUUUCCCAACAGGAAGUAGAGUUUUUGCAAAACCAUGGCAACGAGGUUGGGAAAAGGAUGUGGCUUUGUACAUUCGACCCAAAGACUGAUGGCUCUUUUGACACACGUGACUCACAGAAGUUUAAAGAAUUUCUUCAGGAUAAGUAUGAAAGGAAGAAAUGGCACUUCUCUAAGAGUAAAGGCAGGAGGGAUGUCGAGCCUCUGUGGAGUACGGGGGUUCAAGCUCCUGCUCAGACCCAACCUCCUUCUGGACACCCGCUGAACCCUGCAGCCCGGCCUUCACGUGCUCUGUCCCAGGCUCAGUUGCCAUCAUGGGAUCGAGUUCCAACUGUGUCGCCAGCUGAUGUUCGUACAGAGGUUUUCACAGCUCGACCCACUCGAUCUCAGAGCUUCAGAGACCACGCUAUUAAAGAUUCCUUGUUAAGUGGGAUGGAGAGGCAGAGACCAGGAACAAUUUCUCCAGGAAUGGGACCCCAGAGUCGCCUUCCCUCUUUCCCGGCCCUUCCACGCCCUUCAGCAAGUAGCACUUUCAAAAACAGCUUCACACUAGGUCGCAUGGUAUCCUCAGGAGGCGGAGCACCAUUUAGGACUGUCCCUAAAUCUCUAAGUUUGGACUUUGGAGGUCUUGGUUCUACCCCUAGUGCACUAAGCCCUCAGGCUCCGCCACUUGUCUCUCAGGACAGGUAUGCCGCUGUGUCUCAACUUGACAAGGCCUUUUCUGACAACACUCCCACCACAGUUGUUUCUACAGCUCCCUCCAGUGGCCCUCCUCAAUACAGCACCCUGUUUGGCAACAGACUCUCUUCUAGUUCCACACCUGCAAGCUCUCCAGGUGUGCCAGAGGUCACUUCAGCCUCUCAGACAUUUGCAAAUUUCCCAAACCCUUUCUGUUCUUCAGCCAGCAGUUCACAGCCUGCUUUAUCCCCCAGUAACCCCUUCAACAGCACAGCCACAGGUGACAGCAGUACGCUUGUGUCUCCUUCAGCUGCGUUCCCUCACUCAUCCUCCUUUCCUGCUCCCACCUCCCAGAAUGCUUUUCCUCAUGAGCCAGCUAAUAAUCAGGAGACAAAUGGUUUCGCAUCUUUUCCUGCACUGGAGUCCACCUCCAAAGUCCAGCGGCCGAUGUCCGUCAACCCGUUUACUGGGACGGUUUACCCCACCAGAGGAACGUCGCUGAACCCUUUCAUCUGAUCCCAUCGUCCUUUUGAUGAGUGGGGUGGGGGUGUGCGGGUGUGUGUGUGAAAGAGAGACAGAGUGCUUGAUACCAUUUCCAUGCCUUGAGGAAACUCCCUCCAUCAGAUAAGGGAGGAAAACACACUGCCCGUUUUCCUGAGUUUAAGUUAAUGUGUGUGUAUUAAAGAGUGUAUCUCUUUUUUUUGUUUGAAUUUGUGUUCGUAUUUAUAUGUGUGACCGUGUUGUGUGCACCAUUUGCACCACAUACUACAAAUCCAAGUCUGUGUGUUAAUUUUUUUUAUGUUUGUUUGUCCGUGGGUGUGCUCAUGUCAUACGUGCUUAAUCAAAUAAGUUAUCUAAUGGUGCCAGAUAGCAAGUGGCAAUAGCAGAAACACACACACACACACACACACACACACUGCUGCUUUAACCUGCUGCCCUGUAGUCUUGAUAAAACAUUGCUAGCACCCAACCGACUUGCAUUUUAGCAAAGACGCAUAAGUAUCAAGUUAAGUCAUAAUCAAACACUGAAAGAGGGCAGCAGGCAACUUGAGCUUCAAAUAUUAUGAUAUUAUUAAUAUGAUAUGUGCAGUUUUGUUUAGCUCUCAUUUGGCAGUCAAUUCUCCAAAUGCAUGUUAAUAGGAGAAACAGACUCAAUCAUGUGUUUGUAUAAGUAUGUGCACCAUACAUGUUCGUACGUCAUUAGCCUGCAUGCGCUUCAUAAGCAAGAAGCUGCCUGAAUGUACUGCAGUUUUGGUAAUUUCAUACAAAGUGUUGCAUUAUUCAUGUUUAUGGACCAAAUAGCCUAAAGUCAGGCUUCAUGUACAUUUUUGUUUUCUUUUCCAGUAUUUUUGCAUUGAUUCAUUUAGAAUGUCUUUGUAAUAGGAAGUAUCCGAAUGCAUAAAAAAAAACCCUAUUCA